CUGCUACACUAAGCAACCCACAAUCACAAGGAAGAAGAGAGAAGAAAACCUUGAAAGAAAAAGGAGAGAGAUGGCUGCUCUGACGGAGAGAGAAGCAUUGGCAACAGAGGCUCGUUAUGCACCAGUGACUUCUGAGAGAAGGGUCCGGGAGGACUUGGAAGUCUCACUUCCAAAGCCAUAUCUGGCCAGAGCAUUGGUUGCACCUGAUACAAACUAUCCAACUGGAACACCUGGCCAUAAACACUAUAACAUGAGUGUUCUUCAGCAGCAUGCAGCUUUUUUUGACUUUGACGACAAUGGGAUCGUUUAUCCCUGGGAGACUUAUACUGGAAUGCGUGCAAUCGGCUUCAAUAUGAUUGCCUCUCUUGUAAUGGCCAUUGUUAUCAAUGGAGCCCUCAGUUAUCCCACCCUGCCGGGGUGGAUUCCUUCUCUUUUUUUUCCUAUAUACAUUUACAACAUACACAAAGCCAAGCACGGAAGUGAUUCAGGAACUUACGACACAGAGGGAAGGUAUGUGCCGGUGAAUCUGGAAAACAUGUUCAGUAAAUAUGCUCAUACGGUGCCAGACAAGUUGACGCUGGGAGAGCUGUGGGCCAUGACACAGGGGAAUCGAGUUGCAUUCGACAUCUUUGGAUGGAUUGCGUCGAAGAUGGAGUGGGGGAUUCUGUAUGUCCUCGCCAGGGACGACGAAGGCAUGCUGUCUAAAGAAGCCGUGAGGCGCUGUUUCGAUGGCAGUUUGUUCGAGUACUGUGCCAAGAUGAAUACUGGCAGAGAGGCGAAGAUUGGCUGAGAAAUCAUAAUAAUGUACUACUUGUAUGGAUCACAACAUGCUGCAUCUAGUUUUUUUAUGUAAUAGUUUGAGAGACGGUUUUCUCUUUUUUAAGCAUUGAAUAGUGCAUGCUGCAAUGUGUAUGGAGUUUGAAUGUUGGCAUGCGUAACUAUCUAGAUCUGAAUAAAUGGUCCACUUCCUGUUUGUUAA